AUGUCCCAGACUGCUACUGUAUUUCCUCGUAGUCACGUCGGUUUUGACAGUAUCACCUCGCAAAUCGAGAGGAAGCUUCUGAAGCGCGGUUUUCAAUUCAAUGUUAUCUGUGUUGGUCAGACUGGCCUUGGGAAAUCAACUCUUAUCAACACAAUCUUCGCGGCGCAUCUUAUUGAUUCCAAAGGCCGCCUUACCCCCGAUGAACCUGUAAGGUCUACCACCGAGAUACAGACCGUAUCCCACAUUAUUGAGGAGAAUGGCGUUCGUCUCCGGCUGAACAUUGUCGAUACCCCAGGCUAUGGCGACCAGGUUAACAACGACAGAUGCUGGGAUCCCAUUGUCAAGUAUAUUAAGGACCAGCAUUCCGCAUACCUCCGCAAAGAACUUACCGCUCAGAGAGAACGCUACAUUCAGGACACCCGCAUCCACUGCUGUCUAUUCUUCAUCCAGCCAUCUGGGCAUGCUCUGAAACCCAUUGACAUAGUUGUCUUGAAAAAAUUAUCUGACGUUGUCAACGUUGUCCCUGUAAUUGCAAAGUCGGACUCGCUUACGCUAGAGGAGCGCGCUGCUUUCAAGGAGAGGAUAAAGGAGGAAUUCGCAUUCCACAACCUUAAGAUGUAUCCUUAUGACAAUGAUGAAUUGGAUGAGGAAGAGCGCGCUCUGAACGCCCAGAUAAAGAACAUCAUUCCUUUUGCCGUUGUAGGUUCUGAGAAAUCAAUAAUCGUCGAUGGUAAGCAAGUUCGUGGAAGGCAAAACAGAUGGGGUGUCAUCAAUGUUGAGGAUGAGAAGCACUGCGAGUUCGUUUACUUGCGAAAUUUCCUUACUCGUACUCACCUCCAGGACCUGAUCGAAACCACAUCUCAGAUCCAUUAUGAAACAUUCCGUGCAAAGCAGCUCUUAGCUUUGAAGGAGUCCAGUGCUGCGGGUGCUGGCAGCAGCCGACCUAUUUCACCGGCCGCUGAGAGGGAAUUAAGCAGGGGGUCGCAACAAAGGAUGACGAUGAAUGGAUACUAG